AUGGACGACUCGGUUCGCAAGAUCUCCAUGUUACUGGCAGCGAAAGGCAUCACAGAUGUGGAUAAAGCCUAUUUCAAUCUCCGUCCAGGUGCAUUCCGAGCUGAUGUUUGGAGGCUCAUGCAGCUAUGGGCUGAAGGCGGUGUAUACUUGGACGCAAACAUAAACCUCACGCAUGAACUAACCUAUUGGAUCGAUUUCUCCAACGAUGAGCUAGUAGUCGUUAGGGACACAGGCGUGAAAGAUGGCAUUUGGAAUGCGAUGAUGGCGGCUGAGCAAGGUAACCAGUACCUUCAGAAUGCACUUGCGGACAUCACUAGCCAUAUCCUCACACAUUAUUACGGGACAAAUCCAUUGGCAAUUACAGGUCCGAUUGCGUUGGGCUCAUCAUUCAUGAAAGAUCACAGAUACCCCAAUGGCUUACGCCGCGAACUUGAAUGGAAAGGCGGAAAAGUUAACAACACAAAGACGGCAGAGGUUGUGGCGCAAAAAGAUGAAAAGUUGCACGACAAGGACCCGAGCAAGCACUACGAUCCGAUGUGGCGCCACCACCAGGUGUACUGCGACCAGAAGGGGCCUACACCCGACAACGGCAAGUGCCCAGAGGGAUCCUGGAAGAACGCGGACGGGAGCGUCAAGUACGUCGACCAUGUGGUUCAUCACAGCACCGUCGCGAGCCAUGCGGGACAUCAGGCCGCAAGCCACGGCUACGAGACCCGACGGCGCAGAUUCACCCGCCACAUGACGACACGAUGA